AUGGCUCGAAAGCAGUUCCUCCGCGAGCUGCUGGCGGAGGAUCAGGAGCCCUUCCGCCUCAACACCUUCAUCGCCGACCGCCGCCGAUCCCACCUCAACAACCCGCCCUCCCUCCACCUCCGCAAGCGCCGCCCUCCUUCCGCCCUCCGCCGUCACGCCUGCUUCCUCUCCUUCCAAAACUCGCCGGACGCCCGGAAAUCCCCGCUCUUCGUCCCCCCGUCUCCGGCGAAGUGCCCCCGCCUACACGUGCCGUCCCGGACCGCGGCCCUCCUUGUAGAGGCCGCGAUGAGGAUCCACAAGCAUCAUCAGCAGCAGCAGCCCAGGCCCAAGGCCCACGGAGCUAAAACCGUUGGGCUGGGCCUGUUUGGAUCCUUCCUCAAAAGGCUCAAGGACCGCAGCAGCCGGAGCAAAAGGCGUGUUGUCGGGGACAGCGAUUUUAAAUCUUAUAAUGGAAACGCGACUUCGGUUGAGGAAGAUGACGUCAGAGUGUCGGUGUCGUGCUCGUGUAGUAACAACUGGACGGAGAACAACGAGGAUAACAAUAAGUCUCUUGAUUCUGAUGAGGACUCCACUAGCGAUUGUGGCUCUGAGGACAUUAAUAGCGACUUUAAGUGUCGGCAAACGCGCUUUUGUCCGAGCCCGUUUGUGUUCAGUCUCCAAAGAACCCCGUCGUCCCCCGGCCGCCGCACGCCGGAUUUCUGUUCUCCGGCGGCUUCCCCUAGCCGCCGCGUAAAUCAGGAUAAAGAAAAUUACGAAUCGCAUAAAUCAAAUAAUGCGCAAGGAGGAGAAGAAGAAGAGGAAGAUAAGGAACAAUGCAGUCCUGUAUCGGUAUUGGACAACACCCCAUAUGACGACGACGAUGAACAUGAAAAUCGAGACGCGGACGAUUACGUUACGAAAUGCAGUUACGAAAAUGUCCAAAGGGCCAGGCAGCAACUUUUGUACAGGCUCCAACGGUUCGAGAAACUCGCGGAAUUGGACACGACCGAACUGGAGAGGGAAGUACGACAAGGAUCGGACGAUGAGGACCUACACGAGACAGACGAAUCGGACGGUGAUGAGCAAUUGCCAAUGUACGAAGAGCAGAGUACUGUAGAAAACAUACUGACACGAGUUUUUGACAAGUCGAACCUCGGCUACAACUCUAGGAACGUGUUGCCCGACAUGAAGAGGCUCGUGUAUGAUAUAAUAGUCGAGGAGGAUGGGGAAGUUGCUUUCGCGGAAAAUAAUGAUGUCUUGAUUGGCCGAAUUUGUCGAAGAUUGGAUUCGUGGAGGGAGGUCGAGCCAAACACUAUUGACAUGAUGGUUGGGUUCGAUUUCAAGGGAGAGUUUGGUCGGUGGAAGAAAUUUGACGAGCAAUUGGGAGAUGUAUCGACCGAGAUUGAGGUCGCGAUUUAUGGCUUGUUGGUGGAGGAAAUUUCGGACGAGCUCCUUAACAUGGACGGGAAAUGUUUGCAAUUUUAA